CACGUCAUGUGUGAUACCCCUGGAAACCAUGAACGCGCUUCCCCAUAACCCAAUCGAACCUAUCAAAUAAACCAAUAUCACAUCUGCCAGAUACACUGCAGACCAGUAGUUUUGACCGCUGGUGAGAGAAGCGCAGAUAUAUAUCUCUAUCUGCUCUUCGAAAUAAACACAAAAUUCGAAAAAAUCAAACAUACGAAACUUGCAGCUUAUAGUAUAUCAUCCGCAGACAUGCAAAACACAUUAGAACAUCACAAAACCGAGAUUAGACGUUUGUUCUUCUCAGAACAUUUGACCAUAUCUGCGAUCCAGGAAAUCAUGAGAAAGAAAUACGGCUUCAAUGAAUCGUGAGUAAAAGAAAUCUGUUACGAUCCGAACAUAUACUGACAGUUGAUAGAAUAUCAGCAUACAAGACAAAGCUGGCAGAAUGGAACAUGUUCAUCCCACUCUCAAGCAGCACCAGAAUCGGAAAGCAUCAACAUCUUUUUGGCAACAGAAGGCGACCCGAGCGUCUGUAUGAAAUCCCGAGGGUCAUUCCCCGUUCGGUUCCCUUGACACCUCCAUUGAGCCCUCCAGCCUUGAAGCAUCAAAACGGAAACGUUCGCAUCAAGCAAGAACGUGCCGCUCCUUGCUCCAUAUCUCUGAUCGUCCACUCGGGUGAGAAGAGAUCGAGAGACUCAUUCUAUCAAGAUGAAUAUAUCGUCAUCCUCGCGGAACUCCGUGGAAGACUUGGAGCCGCACUUGGUCGGGAAUCUGGUUGAAACUUUCCUGAGCAAGCAGAGGAUCACCAGGAAAAUUAGCCGGCUUAUACCAAUCCGAGCCAAGUAUCAAGGCAGGAGGAGAUAAGGGGAAUGGUUGCAAGAGGAAAAAGAGCUGCAAGUGGGAAAGGUUAUAGGAGGGACAGGGCGACGAGUCUUUCUUUAAAAAGACU